AUGUACAUUCCCGGUGCUUUGCUCGUCCUGCCCCUGGCUGCCGUUGUAGGGGCUCUUUCGGUGACCAACCCUGAGCAGGGUGCUAUCCUUGACCCAAAGUCAUCUCUGGUUGUGAAAUGGACCUCUGUCGAGUAUGUCCCCUCACCGAUCCUUCGAGCUUUGACAUUUACCUGGUCAACAAUGCCGUUUACCCCCCCCGUGAGCAAGAAGCUCGCAUCCGACGUAGACACGGACAAGGGCUCCUACAACGUCGGGGACCUCGGCGACAUCAAGAAUGGUCACGGCUACCAGAUCAACCUGCUGUCAGAUUCCACGCAAAACACUGGAAUUCUAGCCCAAUCGCAGCAGUUCAAUGUGUCCGACUCUGCGGCAAGCUCAUCCAGUUCCACCACUGCUACCUCCUCGACCUCGUCUUCCUCGUCCUCUUCCUCGUCCUCUACCUCAGUUACAUCCACGACUGAGUCUUCCAGCACCACGUGGACUACUAGCACCACGAUGACUACAAAGGGUGCUGAGUCUACCUCAGCUACUACAGGCACUGCGACCGCAUCUAGCUCCUCUGGACAUAUGUCUUCUUCCAGCGUGUCUGCCAGUGCCACCCCGAUGGGAACUGUCUCUCCCAAUGCUGGAGAUAAGCUCAACGGGAAGCACCACGCGGCGGUCCUGGGUGUCGCAGUGGGCGCUAUGGCUCUCUUCCUCUAA